AUGAUCGGUGUCCCGAGCUCAGUUCAGGACGCGGAUGUUACCUGCCCAUUACCCGGUGUGGACGAUCAUUCUCAACGCGGGACAGUGCUGAAUAUCAAUGUCAAGAUAUCGAGGCUGAUGACACAAAUCCUCAAUUCUGUCUACAGUGUAGAGAGGCUGAGUCGGCCCUUCGUCAAAACUGUUCAAUCCGUUUUGCGUAAUAUGGCGGCCAUUGCCCCUGAGAUGGACUCGGUGGGCAAAUCAGCCGCUUAUGGCACUGUUGGGGCCGUAUCGACUGUGGCUGCCCACAUUCAAUUGUCCUAUCAUCAGUGCAUUCUACUCGCAACGCGACCGCUGUUACUUGAUCUCAUGAUCGCCCGUCUCGAAGGUAGCGUGGGUCCAGGAGAUCUGGAGAACACACUUUUGCCGCAAACCAAAAAUUUGCUUGACACUUGCCUCCAAUCUGCGCGAAUGUCGCUCAGAAUCCUGCUGACACUGUACGAACACCAUUUGAUCGCGAUAUCGUCCGCUCUCAUUCCUUCUAUGAUAGCAGAUGCUGCUACCUAUAGCGCCAUAAGCUAUCGCAUUAUAGACUACUUGAUCCGCAAAGGUAAUGUUCCAGCACAGUUGCGGAAAAAGGAACUCUUAUGUCUUGAUCAGAUGAUCCAGCCUCUUCUUGAUCAUAGCGAACAACAGUCGGUUCAGCCUCCUUACGCCGCCCCGCCAACGAGCAAUUCGUUCUCCCCUGACAUUGGUGUACUGGGUGGUUGGACAGCAGGUCCCUGA